AUGACAGAUUCUGUGGACUACUACAGCCUCGAGGGAGGCCGCAAGACGGUGGCCGAAGAGGCGGACUUCCGCAAGGAGAUUCGCCAGGGCUUCAUCAGAAAAGUCUACGGAAUUGUUGCUACGCAGCUGCUGCUGAUUGCUGCUGUCACUUCGCUGCUGCUGUUUGUCCCUGGAGCUGCUGCUUGGGCGCGGGCGCACAGCGGGCCAGUAGUGCUGCUGUCCUCAGGUCCCUAA